AUGUCAUCCGACUCCAUCGAGGAAGAGCUCAUCGCGUUUGUGCAAGACGACAGGGUUGGAGAAUAUGCCCUGAUUGCUCCAACGGUUGUGUUAGUUUACGAUUAUUUGUUAAACUUCUCACUUGAGGUCCCUCUGCAGAUGGAUUUAAUAUGGAAUAGGAAAUUUUCGUCCACAACAUUGGCCUUCAUAGUGGUAUGGGAUAAAAAACCAGACAAAGAAUUGCGUAUUGACGUUUAUUUACAGCUACGCUACAUGGGAUUGAUGCUACCUGCAUUUUUCCUAGUGAACAACUUCACCGGCAUUCCACUGUCGAGUAAACUGCUUUCCCCCUCUGGUGUAGGUUACAUAUUGUUCGCAGUUCCCCAAGCUAUGAUCAUGACUAUCAUGAUCCUCCUCCAAGGGAUGAUGUCCAUACGAGUAUACGUACUUCUGGGGAAACCACAAAAUAUCCUCGUGGUGUUUGCCGUUUUCUACAUAGUUGUUCAGGGCAUCAACAUAGCGACUUUGAGCGUCAUGCUUCGUGGAUUGACAAGUGUAUUCUCCGAGAUCAGCUUUGCCGGGAUAUAUUCCUGUUACAUCAACUUCCCCGAAGGCAUAUGGUGGAUAUACCCCACUUCUGAUGCUUUCCUGAUAUCGUAUGAGGCGCUCCUGUGUGCACUUGCACUGUGCGUCCUCAUGUCGAUUAUUGUGAAUGCGAUGGAACAAGUCAAGGAUAACAUCAAUUUGACCGCUUAUAACUGCUUCGAGGAUAUACUUGAAGUCGUGCUCUACUGUAUGGUUGGCCCUUGGAUGAUCCUCAGUCUCAGAAAGAGCUACGAAAUUGGUCUUGGCAGAGAAGCCUCCAACGGUCAUGAACUAACCACCGUGGCUUUUGCCCCUCCAGUAGCCCAACCAGCCGAAGAAGACGGUUAUGGGAUGGAAGAGAUUCAAUACGUUGCUGGUGAAGACUAUUGA